UGUUUCAGGUGGACGACGCCAUGCUGAUGUUUGACAAAACCACCAACCGGCACCGAGGGUUCGGGUUUGUCACGUUUGAGAGUGAGGACAUCGUGGAGAAAGUGUGUGAAAUUCAUUUUCAUGAAAUCAACAACAAAAUGGUGGAAUGUAAGAAAGCUCAGCCAAAGGAGGUGAUGUCGCCGACGGGCUCAGCCCGGGGGAGGUCUCGAGUCAUGCCCUACGGCAUGGACGCCUUCAUGCUGGGCAUCGGCAUGCUGGGUAUGCGCGAACCUGCGCCUGCGGCUUCUUUCUGCCGGAACUGCUCCCAGGGCUAG